AUGGCGCUCGUUAAGCAAGGAACGGCCAAGGGCCGUAAGCUCAAAGCGGCUGGUGGUGCCGCAGAAGGUAUAAACCUAGAGCCAGAGUCAAUGGAAGAGAGCAUCAGAGUGGAAAGUGGCCACAUAAAGGCUUGGAAGGUGGAACAGAAAUCGAUGCAGUUAAUAGUUGAACCACCAACUCAAGCAGAGAUUGAAGAAAGCCGUCAGGGAAAGGCAACCACACCUAAGAAGGUGGUAGAAAAGACACAGGCUCAGAAGGACCAGGUGCAGAGGUUCUACGCGUUCGACAGGUGCUUCGACGACGAAGCGGAGAACGAUGAGGUGUUCGGCUACGUAGCACGAGACAUCGUCUUGGACGCUUUUAAGGGGAUCAACGGAUGCGUCUUCGCCUACGGCCAAACAGGCUCCGGAAAAACGCACUCAAUCAUGGGCGUGGCAGAAGAUCCUGGCAUUUUGCCGCGGUCGCUUGCAGAGUUUUUCGACUGCAUGUCAGAUUCCUCCUUGUUGCGGGAGGAAAUGGAGGAUGCUGCUGCCGAAAAGGAGGAGGAGACAGGGGAAACUCAACUUGCUGCAACAGAUUCCCGAACAGAGGGUCUGGAAGCAGGCGAAAACCGAGAAUAUCUCAUGAGGGUUUCGUACGUCGAAAUAUACUUGGAGCGGGUGAACGACUUGCUGCAAGAAGGCCCAAGAGGAGGGGCUUUGGAAAAUCUUGACGUCAAAGAAGAUCCGAAGAAGGGCUUUGUAGUGGUUGGAUUGCAUGAGGAAGCUGUUGCCUCUAUGGAAGAAGUGAUGAACCUUUUGUCCAAAGCUGAACAGCGGCGCCAUUUCGCCAGGACGAACUUCAAUGAAACUUCUUCUAGGUCUCAUGUGGUUUUCUCGAUUACUUUGGAGUCCACAAGCACUUUUGAGGACGGAACAAACGUAAGCCGGCGCGGAGAACUGAAGAUAGUCGACCUUGCAGGCAAUGAGAAGGCAGGCAGGGCAUCUGAAGGGGUGGAAAACGCCAAGCUUGUUCUCGAGGAGGGGAAGGCAAUCAACAAAUCCCUAUUUCUUCUCUCAGAGGUCAUAUCUAAGCUGUCGAAACAGGCACAACAAGCAGACGAAAAAGGCAAGAGGAAGGGAGACAAGGAAGUGUACAUUCCAUGGAGAGAUUCGAAGCUCACUCGUCUUCUCCAGAAAGCUCUUGGAGGCAACAGCCGUGCUGCAGUGUUGGUGGCUGUCCACCCGUCAAGUCUAUACUUGGACACCUCUUUUUCAACUCUCCGUUUCGCGAUGAAGUGCAAGGAAAUCAAAAAGAAAGUCUGUGCCAACUUUUUCUCUCCUGAACAGUCGCUCAUUGCACAACAGAAGAAGCUAAUUGCGAUGCUUCAUGCGCAGCUGAAGGAACUGUCGGAAGGAGGGGUAGUUCCGGGUGUCAGCUCGCAAAAGAAUGCAGAAAACGACGAACAAAUUCGAAUUCUGAAGAGCGACUUGGAGAACAAAGUGGCAAAGUUCCAGCAGUUCAUCAUAAAGGCGACAGCGGCUCCAACGCAACCAUCAUCUGGAGGAGGGUUGCAACGGGCUCGUACCAUGCGUCAGCCGACUGCAUUCCGAAGGAUGGAUACCCUGGCUGCUGCACGCUAUGGACUGCGAGACAUUGAUGGGUUGAAUCAAGCUGACUCCGAGGACCCUUCUGUGAGAGCAUCUAUGACGCAUGCGUUGAGCUUGUUGGACCGCUUCGGUCAGGACAUCAAGAGCGAUGGAUAUGGAAGCUUUCAAUCAAUGUCUAGUGCUGAAACUUCCGGGGGAGGAGUUCUGCGAUUUGAAACCCUGGAGCAUUCCAUUGAAGGGGCGAUACACGAGCUUGAAUGUAUAGAUGACAACCCGCCGUCAACCGGGGAAGAGUCUCUGACAUGUGAAGACUCGUCGGCGAGUGAUCUUUCCGAUCAUGAGACACCCGCCGAAACUCAUACAGAGGAAAACGCGCUUCCUGAUUCGCAGCCAGAUGCAGCGGCUAGCGAACGGAAGCUCAAACAACCCAAAGGCGCACCCGCAUCUGCGAAAGCCAAGGUGACGCGAGCCAAAGGAGAGAAGAAGCUGAAGCCGAAAACUACAAAAGCUCCUAAAAAGGUAAAGCCACCCGCUCCAGCCAAGGAACAGGGUGAAGCAGCCCCAGAACCGCCUCCGGCCACACCUGCGCCAGAAGAACCUGUGGAGCAGGAGCGCGACAAUGGUGAAUCACGGAAAAUCAAGGCCUUAGUCCUGAAGCAAAGGGCGGAGAGGCAGAAUUGGGCUGCGAGGCUUAGAAAGGCAAAGGAAAUGGGCCUGGAAGUCAUAUCGAAGGUUCUUUUCCGGAUGCAAGACGAAAAGGAAGCACUGGUCAAGUCUAAGAAGCGUACCGCAGAGCUGAUGGGCCAGAUUCGUCACAUAUGUGCCUUGAUGCACCGGCUGGGACUUUCAGUGCUCAGUACUGCCUCCGCCCCAGGAAAAGGGCAAGACAAUGAGUUGCCUGCUCGAGAUCAAGACAGCGAGUCGCUUAAGAGUUUCCUUGAUCGUAUAAAGGAGAAGAGAGAUGCAGAGCCAUUGAAACUCUCUCUAGGCAUUGGAGACCCCGUUGGCCAAGCGGCUAAAACUCAAGGCUUCCCUGACAUUGAUCAAAUUCGCCCUUUGGCGUGUGCUGCAAUUAGUAAUGCCUUGUCGCGUGUCAUGCUGGCGGAGGUAUUAGAGAACACCCGAGAGGACGAGGAAUCUCAACCGACAGGAGGCGAUUCUGCAUUACGUCCGCCUCCUUUGGCGUUAGCUGCGGCGGCUGCAUCUUCUGGAAUAUCUGGUCCAAAUGAUGAAGCAACUACUCCAAGGGUUCCGCAAAGCGAGGAGGAAGCAGUCAGUGCGUUGGAACUUAUUUUCGCAAAAGCUGCUCCCGCUGAGAGUAGCCAGACAACGGUCGACGCGGAGACAGCCCAGAUGGUGGAAGGCAAGAAGGAACAAACGCUUGAGUCCAUUUUGCAAAUCCUUCCUCCUUGGGAGCAGCACAUGCUGGCACUCCUGUACGAACAGCAAGAAAUGAGGAGGGCUCUUGGCCAGCUUAGAGACCACUUUGUGCACCGCCUUAAGGAACUCCAAGUUUCCGUCAAGAAAGGAUUGCUGGAGAAGCUUGAGCUCACCGAGCACUGCGAGAGAAUGCUGGCUGCCCUAUGGAGCUUCAAGGCAGAGUUAACUGACGCACAGUCGCCGAACCGUAUCGACGAAGACACAAAUGCAAAGUUUGCAAAGCUGAUGGCUAAGCUUGAGGAGCUUUCGAUUCGACUCGCUGAACGGGACAUCGACUACAAGCUGCUCUCAGAGGAUUACUUGGCUGUCAAGCAGGAGAACGCAACACUGCAGGAGACUACACGGAGGCUUAAGGAGGAAAACAGGAGCUUGCUUAUGAUACCGAAGACAAUGACAAAUUGGGAAGACCUUAAGGGCUAUGAUGAUGUGGAGAAGAGAGCUCUGGCAAGAGAUGUCCAAAUGCUACAGGGCUACGCGUCACAUUUGCGUAUGAAGCUCGAAGAAGGCCGUGCCGUUGAGCUUGAUGUGCGGCGGCUGAACCAGGCGCUCUACGCGGAGCUCCUCGCUGCGAAUACCGCAAUAGCGGACCUGCAGGACCAGAUAAAGUUUUACACGAGCGUGGACAAACGGGAAGCGAUGCUUCUAGAGGAGCAAUUGGCCGCAGCUAAUCAAGCGGAAGCGGAGAAGAGCGACAGAAUUCGGGAACUAGAGGAGGAAGUUGCGAGUUUAAAAGAGCAGCUUGCAGCAGCACUUCCCAAGCCGGCAGCUGAGGAGCCUGAACCUGAGUUGCCUGUUGAACCCGUGGAAGAAGUGCCGGCUCAAACCGAGCAGCAGCCACCGACCCGACGCUCCGUGAAGAAGAGCGCGCUCACAACGAGCGCCAAGGCAAAGCCAAAGGCUACUUCCAGAUGUGAGUCUCCGUGA